AUGGAACCUUAUCUUAUCAUUGAGAGAAUUGGAGCUGUGGCUUAUCGUCUAGAACUACCAGCAGAACUAGAAGCAUUUCACGAUGUGUUUCAUGUCUCUGUAUUACGGAAAGUGGUUGCAGAAAAGGAGUUGAUCAUACCACAGCCACCUAAAGACUUGGAGCUAGAUUUGUCAGUUAAGGGAAGACCUGUGUCAAUCCUAAGCCGUAGAGAUGGUGGCUCAAUGGGAAAGAAAGCUCGAACAGUUCAAAUAUGUUGGGAAAGAGAUGGUAUUCAGGAGGUAACAUGGGAGACUGAACAACACAUGAGACAAGAUUAUCCUGAACUCUUUACUGAGGAUAGUGGAGUUUUGAAUUCAGGGACGAAUUCUCUAGAAGUGGGGGAGAAUUGUGAGACCCGUUUUGGGUUAGCCAAAGCCCAAUAA